AUGGGUGACCAUCAGACGUUCUGGUGCCACGAAUGCGACAUGAGCGUGAGCCUGGUGCCUUGUUCUGCCCAGGAGACUCUGCUCUGCCCUCACUGCUUCAGCGAUCUCUUGGAGCUCAUGGAUUCUUCGUCUUCUUCUUCUGCUUCUUUUUCUGACCAUCAGCCCAACUCACAAGACAACUUCUUGCUCAGCAGCCCAUUCCUCCACCGCCUCAUCCACCACCUCUCCACCCACCCCAUCAACCACGACGACCGCCUCCCUUCACCCACCGCCGCCGUCCCCCCUUCUUCUCUGCCUGCCUCCAAGGCCUCCGUCGACGCCAUCCCCACUCUCAAGAUCACUUCCUCCAUGCUCGAUCUCGACCCCCUUCUCCUCUGCGCCGUUUGUAAGGACCCAUUCCUUCACUCCGUCGACGCCAAGCAGCUCCCUUGCAACCAUCUCUACCAUCCCCACUGCAUUCUCCCCUGGCUCUCUUCCCACAGCUCUUGCCCCCUCUGCCGUUUCCAGCUCCCCACCGACACUCACCAACCACACCUACGACACCAAAACCAAAACACCCCCUUGCCCUUCGACGACGACGACGAUCAGUACGAUUGGUUCAUGGAAUAUGGAUCCCGUGGGGGUAGUCUCCGCCUCAGCUACAUUGCUGCCAGUGGAAGGCAAAUGGCCAACCCAGAAGAAAUGGCUCCCGCUGCCUCCCCCAAUGUCAAUGUCAAUGUCAAUGCCAAUGCCAAUGCCGACUCAUCUUUCAACGUAAAACUUGAUUUGUGUCUUCUACAGCUAUGCUGUAUGCUAUCCUGUUUAAAUAGACCUCUUCCUGGUUUUCACUAG